AUGCGCAACUUGGUGUCGCUUCAGCGUCGCGUGUGGGCGCUUGGUGCAUCUUCACCCUCUGACGACCACUGCGUUGCGUUUGCUUCAAUCCCAGGCGACGCUCACGUGUUUUUCUUGCGCUCUAGUGGCCGUAUCGAGUCACUACAACUCGACGAACAAGAUGCGCACUCUCCAUCCAAAGACUUGGAGCUGUUUCUGGAUCUGCGUGAGUUCGUGGAGGACGACGACUCACCCGCAGGCUGCUGGAGAUGGAUGAACUACGUUGCAGAGCUGGGAAUGCUUGUGUGCGCUUCUACCAGUGGCGCGCUCGUCUCGGUGGACUUGGAUACCAGGGACGGCGAAGAAGUCGGUAGUGUGGACAGCGGACUGCGCGCAGUCGCAUGGAGUAGCAACCAGGAAAUGUUAGCGCUUGUCACCGGUGCAGGAUCGCUGCUGGUUAUGAGUAACGACUGGGAGGUGCUCUACGAGACGGAGAUCGAGCGUUCUCUGCCCUCGGAGCUGAAGCUCAGCGCCUCUGCACCGAGCGAAGAGAAUUGGUGCUGUGAACUCUGUUGGCGUGAAGACGCUAAGUUUAAGGUGUUGGUGUUCACCGAGCAGCUCGAGUUCCACGCACUGGGAAGACUCGAGGAUGGACGCGCAAUCCCGGACCUUGGCUCGGUGCUGCAUUGGAGUCAGACUCUCGCAUUGAUUGCGAGUUGCGAAGUGAGGAAAGGGAGAUUCGUUGUGGUGUUUUUCGAGCGCAAUGGCCUGCGACAUGGCGAGUUUGUCAUCCCGGCGGCGUACCGUGCACCGCAGUAUCAGGUCGGUAGUGUGCGGUGGAAUGCGACGUCAGAUACAAUUGCAGUGACCUUGCAUCCAACGAAUGAUGACGAGCGAUCUGUCAUUCAACUAUGGUCGAGGAAUAAUUAUCAUUGGUAUCUGAAGCAGGAGCUCCAACUUCGCACUGGUGAUCGACUUGUCGACUUCGCAUGGGACGAAGAGAUCGCCGGUCGGUUGAACAUUGUUGCGUGCUCGUCACAUGCACAGACGCUUACUUUGUACGAGCACGAGUUUGCGUGGGAUAUCUGCAGCGUCGAAGCCGAGCGGUUGACCUUUCCAAGCACUCACCCACAGCGUCAGAGUGUGGCAGUGACGGGAGAUAUUGAUGGAUCGAAGCUACUGCUUACACCACUUCAUCGUGCGAUGGUGCCACCGCCGUUCGCUCUUCUCCAAGCCUCAUUUGACGCAGCGAUCAACUCGGUUGUCUUUGACUCGCAGACUGAGACGUUGCUAGUGCUGCUAGCAAAUGGAGACGUGAUAUUUGUGGAAAACUACCUUACACCAGCUGAUACACGUGCGUCAGCUACAGGUUUGCCACCUCCACCGAACGCUGCUCGAAACGGCAGCUCCAACCCGCCGAUGUCGAUGACGAUCGUGAAAGUGGCGCACACUGUACAAGAUGACGAUUCUCCCACGCUCUCGAGCCUGCUCUGGGUUCAUUUUAACGCUGAGUCCCGAAGACUCUUUUUCGCUGGGAAGUCUGGAUGGCGAGAUCAACUGGUACUUUGUUCGAUGAACACGAAGACAGAGAGCGAGGGAGCUGUAACCGUUCAUUGCAUUGAGCUCUUCGACGUCCGAAGAGCUUGCGAAGUGCAGCAGGUACUGUCCGAGGAUGACCAAGUGAUGACUGAGGAAAACUCGGUCGAGCUCGCUGUUCAGACUCACAGUGGGGCAAUGUACACGCUGAAUAUCUUGCCAGAUCAUGAGCUGGUGCCGACUCCAGUAGCUACGAAGUCCCCGGCGUUCUCGCAUAUGACUGUGCUGUCUACCAAGCAGCAAAACGAAUCGGGUAGCAUUUUGGUGAUUGGACUUGAAGGUUCAAGUGCGAGGUUGUUCGUGAAUGACAAACUAUUGGCAUCCGCUUGCUCAUCAUUCCGCUACAGUGCGCUGACUUCAGUGCUUUUAUUUACGACGCAAGGACGUGAGUCUCAGCUUCGUAUUGCGCCGCUGUCUGGUAUCCAGGAUCUUUCCUGUAGCCAGGCUUCAGGCUCCCAGGCUGUCAAGUUCGAAUCGCGUUCCAUUGAACGCGGGGCUUUGCUUGUUGCUACGGUGGGUCAGCGAGCCAAUGUCAUUGUUCAGAUGCCACGUGGAAAUCUCGAGUGCAUGUCUCCGCGUCUACUGGUCUUAGCACUAGUCGUGAAGCAAAUCCAAGCGCGAGAUUAUGUGACGGCGUUGGAGAUCUGUCGUCGCCACCGAUUGGAUCUCAAUAUCCUCGUUGACUUCAACCCUCAGGCAUUCAUCAAGAGCUUUUCGCAGUAUCUUGUCCGCUCUUUUCUUUCGACAAGACCAGCUGCAGUUACCAGUGACAGACUCUGUCUAUUCGUCACCAACUUGCAUGUCGUUGACGUGUGGGCGACGAAAUAUGGCCCGCUACUGGAGCCAUUUAACGUGGUGGAGCCAACCGAUGACAUUCAAGACGAUGCUGUGUACGCUGGCGAAGAAAAAGUCAACACGGUGUGUCGGGAGUUUAUGCGUGUAAUCCAAGAGCUGACGAGUGACCGCGAGGAAGCAGAAGCUGCUCUGCUGCUGCCUUUCAUUACGAGCGCAGUGAAGCAGUCGCCCCCACGGUUUGAUGCAGCACUUGGUAGAAUCCGGAAGCUGCUACACCCUGACAAAGAGAGCUCUUCUGAUAAUCGAGCGACGGCUACGCGUGCUAUCAAGCAUUUAAUUAUGCUGACAGACGUGGAUAGAUUGUACUCGGAGGCCUUGGGGUUGUAUGAUCUGGACCUGGUACGAACAGUGGCGACUCAUUCUCAGCGUGAUCCGAAGGAAUACGUUCCGUUCUUGGAUCGCGUGGCACGUCUUGAGAACGAAAACUGGCGCAAGUACACGAUCGACGUCCAUCUUGAGCGCCACGCGCGAGCGCUGACUCAUUUGGCUGCUUUGAUUAAGGAGAGCGGCAGUGAUGACGAGGCGGAGACGAACAAGCUGCAGGAUAUGGCUCUCGACUUGAUAAAGCAAGGAGAGCUGUAUGACCAGGCCUUGGAGUUGUUUCCCCUAGCUCCAGUGAAGCAGAGUGGCCGUGACUUCCGUCAACAAAUUUUGAGACUGAAGGGCGAGUUCCUGGACACAGAGAAGACGUACGAGGCUGCGGCUUAUGUCUAUUUGGCGGCAUCGGAGACGGAAAAGGCCCGACGUUCGUUCGUCGCUGCGCGUAAGUGGCAGAUGGCGUUGGCCUUAAGCGCUCGUGAUCAGACCCCCGACAAACUACGCAAUGAAGCCUACGCCCUUGCGCAAGAACUUUUGAAUAAUCAGCAACAAGACGGAGCGGUGGACGAUAUCCUUGCUGUGUCAAGAAUCUACGUCGAGUAUUGCAACGACGUUGAUGAGGCUGUGGCGCUACUGGUUACACAUCAGCAGUGGGGAGAGGCGUUGCGUGUAGCUUACCUGCAUCGACGUGACGAUCUUGUGGAGAGCGAUGUCGAGCCUGGCGUGCUGCAAUGCUGCGACGAUGUCCAGGAGGAGUUAGAACGCAAGGAGAAACAGUACGACAAGUACUGGAAGCGUCUGACUACCAUUCGUGAACAGAAGCGGCUGUUCAAGCUGCAUGGUAUCGACGGUAGUCGAUGGGAUCAGGGCAAUGGGGGAGACGCUGAUACUGAUGCUGGUAGUAUUCGCUCUGGGGCUUCGAGCGCUGCAGACAGCGCUCUUUCUUACGCUUCGGUCAGCUCAGUAGGCAGUCACAACAGUGCCGCAAGCAUCGGGAACUUCUCGAUGCAGUCGCUGUCAUUGGCGACUGCGAGUCACUUCUACGCUACCCAAGCACUUGGGGAUUCUGGCAAGAAGCCGAAGACAAAAGCAAAGCAUGGAGGUAUUCCUUCUCGUCGAGAGAGACGGAAGAGAAUGAAGGAGGGCAGCGCCGAAGAGGAAUCUUACGUUGAACAGCAGCUUUCGGAGCUGCGACCGAAUGCAGCGUUGGCACGAGAAGUUGGGGGUCUGCUCGAAAUGUUAACAUUCUUUGGCCGCGUACAACAAGCACAAAAGCUACAGACCCAACUCGCAAGUUUCGAAAAAUGCAUCGCUGACAAGAGAAGCUCGUCGUUCUCUCACAUCGCAGCAGACAGAGCUGCGUCCAGCAGCGAAGACCGAGAUGGCGAGGCCUAUCCGAGAUGGCGGUUAGAAGCACUGCAAGGUUAA